AUGGGCUCCCGCCGUAAAAGUCGAUCGCUCGCGGCGGCCAUGGAUACGGUGAAGGAGAGCAGUGGGGUGGUUGGGGGCAAGAUCGAACCCAAAGGAUGGAAGCGACAAUGUACGGUAUGUACCUCGCCUUGCUACUUGCGGUGUAAAGGAUACAACUUCAGUCCGCCAAGUGCUGUAUCGUGCCAGGAUACCUUCCAAGAUCCGAGGGGGCCAUCGCGCGACGUAGACGAAGCUGCCGACGACAACUUCCAUGCUGCGUCUCGACUGGAGGAACUGGAGUAUGGGGCAAAGAUGAUGAUGGAUGAAUCAACCUGA